AUGUUAGCCUCACAAGAGCGCGGAUCUGUUUCCAUCAAGUCAUCGUCAUCGUCAGCCACUUCAUCGAAACCUGUCAGUAGUGUGCGCUUGAAGAAAGAUCCAAUUCCAAAAGCUACCGCUGAUGGCAAACCCGUCCGCAUUGGCACACGCGAUAAAUCGGAUUCCUACUCUCUUUCUUCGGUAGAUGUGAUGGAUUCGAAUGAUAUGAAAUACAUGGACGAUAGCACGUCCUCUUCCUCUACCUCAUCUAUCUCAGGUGGAGUUGACUUAGGUUCGUCUUCGGCCUCUACUGCCUCUGCUUCACCUACAACUGCUCAGUCUUCUCACUCACAAGACACACUGAAAUUCGACACGCGUUCACCUUUGGCUUGUCCUUUAUCCAACGGACUCAGUGGUCCAUCAAACUCGAAUUCCGUAUCCUCACGUUCGGUUCCAACUUCGCUUGUCAAUGGACAACAAACCAAUGCUGUCCGAUAUUCGGCCCCAAUCCAUCGACCUACUUACAUGCCCAAACCUUCUCGUAUUCCCGUAUUAACAAGUCUGGGCCGGAUCAAGCCUUUGGACAUCCGGAACGGAUCUGAAAAUCGUCCGCAUCCCCAUCCUUCCGGCAAUGACGGCACUGGGCCCGGGAAUCAUUCACCCACCAACAGUCCGGCCAGUUCAUCUCCGCGCACCCCGGUUCGACUGAACGAGGUAGACCAUAAUGGCAUGGAUUCCUCCGAGUCCACGGUUGAACCGGAUGACUGGUAUUCACAAAAGGUAACUGAUACACCGAAAUAG